CUAUCACCCCCAAAAUGCCUACUGUUACUCCCCUUGUUUUGCCUCCUGGCAUCAAACCAUCUGUUUUCAAUCAAUUCAUAUCAGAAGUAAUUGAAACCACAACUGCUGAGAAUGUUGUCGUCAUUUCCAAGCCUGAGCAACUAGACAAGCAGGACUAUCGCGACCCCAGCAAGAUGCACGACAUGUUCGACAUAACCUCCAAACAGCAUUUUGUUUCUUCAGCUGUCAUCACUCCCCGCGAUGUGGCCGAGGUUCAAGCGAUAGUCAGGUUGUGCAAUAAGUUCGAGAUUCCCCUUUGGCCAUUCUCCAUCGGCCGAAAUGUUGGAUAUGGCGGUGCUGCUCCCCGUGUACCGGGGUCAAUUGGUCUCGAUCUUGGUAAACAUAUGAACAAGAUCUUGAAGGUUGAUGUUGAUGGUGCAUAUGCUCUGGUCGAACCUGGAGUUACAUAUACAGAUCUUCACCAGUACUUGGUGGACAACAACCUCCGUGACAAACUGUGGAUUGAUGUCCCCGAUCUCGGCGGCGGAUCAGUACUUGGAAAUACUACAGAGAGAGGAGUAGGCUAUACUCCGUAUGGUGAUCACUUUAUGAUGCAUUGCGGCAUGGAAGUUGUACUUCCUGACGGCACAUUAGUCCGCACGGGAAUGGGUGCUCUUCCAAACCCAGACGCCGAUCCAAAUGCUCCACCACACGAACAAGAGCCAAACUCGGCGUGGCAGCUGUUCAAUUACGGUUUCGGUCCCUAUAACGACGGCAUCUUUACUCAAUCGUCUCUCGGUAUUGUUGUCAAGAUGGGUGUUUGGCUCAUGGUGAACCCCGGAGGAUAUCAGUCAUACUUGAUCACUAUUCCCAAAGACGAAGAUCUUCACCAGGCCAUUGAGAUCAUUCGACCGCUUCGAACAUCAAUGGUGCUGCAGAAUGUUCCGACUGUCAGACAUGUACUUUUGGAUGCAGCUGUUAUGGGAUCUCGUGAUAAGUAUACAUCUUCGAAAAAGCCUCUCAACGACAAGGAACUGGACGAGAUUGCAAAGAAGCUCAACCUAGGACGCUGGAACUUUUACGGAGCACUUUACGGUCCUGAACCCAUCCGGAAGGUCAUGUGGGAAGUUGUCAAGGGUGCUUUCUCUGCCAUCCCCGGGACUAAAUUCUACUUUCCAGAGGAUAUGCCUGACAACGUUGUCUUGCAAACUCGAGAUCUUACCUUGCAAGGAAUUCCCACGAUGACGGAGCUAGAAUGGGUUAACUGGUUGCCAAAUGGAGCUCACCUAUUCUUCUCCCCCAUCGCCAAAGUCACAGGCGACGACGCGGUCGCCCAAUAUGCUCUGACCCGCAAGCGCUGCGAAGAAGCCGGUUUCGACUUCAUUGGAACCUUUGUCGUUGGAAUGAGGGAGAUGCAUCACAUCGUGUGUCUUGUCUUUGACCGUCUUGAUCCAGAGUCUUGCCGUCGAGCGCACGCCCUCAUUAGUCAGUUGAUCGACGACGCUGCGAAGAAGGGCUGGGGAGAGUAUCGCACUCAUUUGGCACUGAUGGAUCAGAUUGCUCAGACUUACAACUUCAAUAAUAAUGCGCAGAUGCAUCUUAAUACUACGAUCAAGGAUGCACUGGAUCCGAAGGGAAUUCUGGCGCCUGGUAAGAAUGGCAUAUGGCCGAAGGGUUAUAACGCAAAGGACUUUGCUGUAUAUCCACAGCGUUCUACAAAACUGUAGCUUAGUAUAUUUUUCUAGCUCUCAUUAUGAU